GGUACACAAGGUCACUUGGCUGUCAAGGUUUUCUUGUGUUUCGGAAUAUGUAACUGUGCUUCUGUAGUUUGUUUGGCUUACUGAUACUUCAUUAUAUGUACAUAAUGCAGCCAUUUGUUCAUGUGUCUCCAGAAAAGUCCAGUGAGAGGAAUCUUGUUACCAGUGUUAUGGGUGCUCUAAGUGAUUAUAUGCCCAGGAAUCAGUAUCGUACGUGUGGCUCCACAGAACAGGUGUUUAGCGUGAAAUUUGAGGAAUGUGACGCAAGCAGAUGUAACCACGCCUACUCUACUGUCUUAUCUCUAGUCACUUGUAAAGGAUCAUACAUAUGGGGAAUUUCGGUAAUUUUCUUCCUUAAACUAACAUCUUAGUUUGGUGGUAAUGCCACCCUACUGUAUGCAGAGAGAAAUACAUGUACAAUAGACCUUAAGCUGCUCCCUACUCCUUCACGUAGGUGUUUUUAAUUUAAUUAGUCUUGUAUUUAAGAUACUGAUGAUUCCUUGUUUUCCAGCAGACCUCUUAUGGCUAUCUGUGAUACGUUCAGUUGUGCAUCUUCUCAUUGGCAGGUGCGGUUUAUUUCUUUGUGCAAUCGCAAAGUAGUUUUGUCGUAUUACUUAGAGUCGAAAGCGCUCUCAGUAGAUGCAAACGACAGAUUUGUUGUAGUAACACGAACUGAUUCAAUAACGGUAUUCUCAGCACUAACUCUUACAGAACUCUAUACGAUAGCAUGUGUAAAAUCAAAACUUUGGCCAGAUCUCUUACCGAAAAGUGUACCUUCUUCGCUUGGGGUUCGUUGGUUGGCCUUCGCAGAUUCUAAGCCUGUCUACCAACAUUUGUCCCGAUGUGGCGACGCGAGUACAGAUGAGUCACAACCUUUAACUACAACAGUAUUGAGUAUGAAUAAGCGUCUUUGGGAAGGGAUUUCGGCCCUGGCUACUUCAGUUGUUUCUAGUUCAUUGGGUCCGAAUUCACCAAAUUUGCGUAAUAAUCAUCUUGAUUCUCAACAUCAAGUCCCACAAACAACUUUAUCAGAUUCGUUUCCACAACAUGGAUCUAGUCUAAUUACUUCAGAGGUGAAUAACUCAUCCAUAUCACCCGGUUACGUAACAAUAAUUGAUUUGCAUACAUUAAAUUGUGAACAUGCGACUUUGCGAAAACUUGAAGAUGCUACGGCAUCAGUUCGUUUAUGUUCUGCUGGUUCAAAUCUCUCUGACUCAUCAAAUCAAUAUAAUAGUACUAAUCAAAGAGCUCAGUCAUGCUCUCCAAAUAAUCAACACACAAGUAUUAAAAUGUCAGGAGUGAAAUACUUGAAUGUUCAUGAAUUUGGUGGGUCGGGAGCCAUUGUUGCUCAUUUCAUGGCUCAUCGUUGGGCUGGUGUUGCUCUCUUAAAGUUUGAUCCAUCUGGAAGUCUCUUGUUCACUGCGUGUAAACGGGGUCACUCAUUCAAUUUAUUUCGUAUUGCUAAUCAUCCGUUUGACCAGCGUCAAACUGCUGUACAUCACUUAUACAUUUUGGAACGUGGUAAUUUACCAUGUGAGAUUGUGGAUGCUACUUUCUCUCAUGAUUCUCGGUGGGUAGCUGUGAGCAGCAAUCAUGGGACUACACAUGUUUUCCCUGUUACUGCUUAUGGAGGUCCGAUAACUGUUCGUACACACACUCGACCUCACGUUGUGAAUCGUACUUCGAGAUAUCAUAGAUCAUCUGGUUUAGAAGAGUAUCAUCUAACUAGACCACAACCUGAGAGAAGUGCAACUGAGUCAACUGGAUUUAGCGGUAACUCCUCUAGCAAUUCUAUCAGUAUUCCGUGCCAAAUUCCCCAGUCUAGUUCUAUGAAACAUCCUUAUACUAUCCGUAGUCAGUCGUCUGGUUUCGCAUCUGGUGUGUCUAGAACAACUUCGAAUUUUUGUCAAACUGCACCAAUUGCAGGUUUUGCACCUCAAUGCCCUCAUCUAGGAUUCACAGCUUUCAUGACUCCUCUCAAGGAAACUACUGACUGUGGUAUUAAUGAGGGGAGUUCAAAUUCUUCGUCGAUUCUCUCUGGUGAUUCAGCAUUGUCUGAUGCAUCACACUUUUUUCACGCAUUCAAAUCCAUUUUCUUCAAAAUCAUCAGUGGUCAUCUUCAUGUUUCUGAACAGCCUACUAUGUUGUUUCUAAAUAGUGAAGGAUUAUGUGCUUGUCCACCGAACGCGUUGUAUAACACUACUAAUUCUCGGUUACCUCCCUAUCCAGAACCUUGUCGAGUUAAAGCUGAAGCAAGAUUAAAACCAUCUAGUGGUAGCAGUGUGACAUCUAUUGCUCGAGGCGCCGCCAGUAGUGCUUUUGAAGCCGUAACACCUAUGAAAAAUAUAAAUGCGGUAAUAGUUAAUCGUCACUUAUCAUCUGUUAAAUCAUGCUAUUCUGAUCCUAAUCAUGUUCACUGCCCUGAAGUUUGCACAUAUACACAGUUGCCAGCUAGUGCAGCAUCUCGUUCUUCUUUUCAUUCACGCAAGCAUACUCGGCGUCACAGAAGUGGGCAAUCACUUCAAAAUUUGAAUCAAGAUAUAUCUAGUCCAACAAGUAAUAGUGUUAGAGCUGCACGUUUUGGACCUCCUGUAUGUUUCCUUCCAAAUCAACUUCGUCUAAAUAAUGUAUCUUCAGACUAUCGUAGUGACCCAUAUGUCGGAAAGUCUCGUGCUGUAGAUGCAUUAUUUAUUUUGACAGCCGAUCUUCGCUUAAUAGAAUACGAUUUAUGUGUUAGUGCAGAUGAUACAGCUACAGUCGGUGGGAAAUUAUAUCAGGAUGGUUCAAUUCGUCUAGAUUGUGUAUCUGUUGGCGAAUGGAAUUUACAUACAGAUGCUGUGUACCUGCCUCCAUUUCCUAGACAGCAUCCACUUAUUUUAGCCUCGUCUACACUUCAAGCAAGAUGUAAAACAAAUAGGCUUAAAUCGGAUUAUGUUUCUAAUUUAAAGAUGGAUGGUCGAACUGAAAUUUCAUUAGAAUCUGAUAACAAUCUGUCGUCCAUAUCUACAAAUUACGAAAAAGUUAUAUCAACGUUGAAAUCCAGUUUACCUCCAGCUAAUAGCAGUCAAAUGAAAUCUGGAUUGUUAGAAAUAAAAACAAACACCGAAGAUAAUAAUAAUAAUGACAGUAAUAAGAACAAGAAUGAUGAAGAUGAUACAGAUGAUAAUGUCGUCACUCCUGCUGGAUGGACUGCUGAAGAUGUUGCUUCUUACUGGUAUAGUCAAGUUGAAAUAACUACACAUUUAGGACCAUUACGUCGUGUUUGGAUGGGUCCACAGUUUACUUUUCACACUUAUUCAAAACAACGUGAUUGGAGUGGUUGUGAUCUACGGCUUUCAUCAUUCAAUAGUUGUAGUUCUUCAGAUAAUAACAAUAUACCUAGUACCACACAAAUUGGCUCCAUUGGAGGGAGUCUAAAAACAGCAUUACAUCCUACUCUUUUAGAAGCAUUCACAUUAAAUGCACCAUUUAUAUUGCCGCCUAUAGUAGAUAUGACUAAUGAGUUAUUAAUUAAAGAUCGGUAUCCUGGCACAUUCAUACCAUCAUCACAUGGUUCCAAUAGUAGUUUAAAUAUGAUUCCAUAUCAAGGUUCUUCUUCAACAUCUACCUCCUCUGUUCAUGCUUUUAUUCAUCCGCAUCCUCAACAUCAUCCAAAUAUCGCUUUGGCCACAAUUAAUCGGAAUACCACUUCAUCCAAAACAAUUAUGUUACCAAGGCUACCAUCAGGUUUAUUAUUGGAUUCAAAUGCUAAUUUCAACAGUGCACAGUUAAGAUGGCGUAAUUCGUCAGGUGAACCAACUCGUCCACUUAGUAUUGCUGGUGGUUUUGGACCAAGUGGUGAGGCGAUUGUAAUUGAAGGUGGGAGUUAUCAAGACUCAAGUUUGGGUAGUUCUUUAUCUAGUUUAGUUGGUCGCGGUACAGAUGAUUUGGCUCAGUCGAUUGCUGAAGCUAUACAAGAUGAGGAAACUAACUGGAAUGCAGAUAAAAGUUCUACCAAUCUACCACAAUUGUCAAGUGUUAACAGUAAUCGUGGUGUAUGGCAGUUCAGUGUUAAAUCUACUACCGUCUCACCGGGUUCAACUAAUAUUAGUGGAGGCAGCGGUCCAGGAUUAUUUCGACUGCCUGAUACUGGUAAUAUUCCAGUUCAUUCGUUAUUAACAGAAGCUGAUUUCCCCAGUCAAGAUACUUCACCAUCAUCAGCUAUUGAUAAUUUUUCACCAAAACAUGAAUUGUUAGACAAUUCAUUGAUUAAAAUGAACAAAAAUUCUAAAAGAAAUGAAACAAAGAAUAACAAUACAAACAUUAUUUAUCCAAAUGAAAAUGUAUCAUCAAACGUUAAUUUAUUGACAAAUAAGAGUGUUAAACGGAGACAUGGUAAAAAAAAGUCAAAAAUGAAACGUCAUCCUGUUGUCAUUAGUGAUGAGUUCACUGCUCCAACUUCAGCAGUAACAAUAACAAAUCUUUAUCCAUCAGGUUAUGAAAGUUUAAGCAGUUCACCAAUAAUUCAAAAUUUGUAUUAUAAUUCUUCAGAUUUAUCAACAUUCUCAUUACCAGGUGAUUUACAAGUCAAUACAACAUAUGACAGUGAUAAUAAUAUGAUGAUGAUGGCUAGUAGUCUAUCCAAUCUUCCUUAUAAUCAAAAUUCAUUGGUCGACAAUGAGAAGAAUACUAAGUCAAGUAUGGAAACAUUUCAAAUUGAAGAGAAUUCACAAAAUAAAGUGGAGAAUUCUAACAAGAUAAAAAAUUUCAAUGCUGUUAGUGAUAAUGAGAGUGAUAAAAAUUGAUAGGCAAAAAAAAAUUGGACAAACUGAUGAAAGCGAUGGAUAGAAUUAUCAACCAAACUAUUUAUUGUGUACAAAGCAUCUGCUUACGCAAUAUUUAAUUCAUAAUAAUAAUUAUUCAUGAAGUUCUGUGUCAUUUGAAGAAGCUUUUAAUGAAUCUUAUGAUGGAAUAACUGAAUAAUAUAACACACAUUUGCGUAGGAUAGAUAAUUUUUGUUCCAAUAUAAAGUUGUAUCCUUUUCUAUUGAACCAUUAUGAAUCAUAACAAUUACACGUUCGAUUGAUAUUUCAUUUAUUCACAUCUGUUUAUGUACCCAGGUGCUAUUUUUCUACUAUUUAGAUGUCAUGCCUCUUUUUCGAAUUUAGGAUUUCAUUUUAUCCGCUUCCUCCAGUUUACAUUCUUUCUACAAUAAAACACUUCAAAAUAGAAAAGAGAUAAGCAGAUUUCUGUCCAUUUUAAAGCCAUUCUUUUUGUAUUAUUUCGCUCCUAUCAAUCAACCUAUUAACACAACAGAAAAGCAAAAUACUUCUUGAUCAUGACUAACACUGCCGUUAUUUGUUUAUUUUCUCGAAUUGCUUUCUUCCCACCAUAUUAACAAAACAACACAUUCAUCCAUACUGAUAACCUAUAUUUUGUUUUGCUAGCUUUUGUUUGCCAUCUUUCUGUUAUUUUUGUGUGUAUGUCGGUAUUAUUCUUCGUUGCUUUUUGUCCCCGGUUACGGUUAAAACGUGUAGCCUGAUAUUCCCUCUUUCUCUUCGUAUGCACACAAAUUUACUUAUCUGUAAAAUACGUAAUGGACAAAAUAUAUUCGAAAGUGUAAUUAAUAUCCGUUGAACGUUUCUUUUCCACUCCUUUAUUCCUUUUGUGCGCCAGAAUAUCUGUUUUACUACAUUUUAAGGUUUCUUUAAAAGUAUAAAGAGAUUGAUAAUAAUAUUAUUGUCAUUCUAGCAAAUAUAUAAAAGAUAUAAAAUAACAAGUUUCGUUCUCAGUAAAGUAUUUAUUUGAACCAUGAUUUUAUGAUAUGUCAUAGACGUGUAUUGAAGCGUAUACGAAUAUUUAGUCAUCAGCUCUUCAGCUAAAUUGUAUAAUACAAUUAAGAAAUACUAAAUUUUGAAGGUAGACAGUAAUUGGUUCGAAGUAUAAAUCUCUAUCGGAUAUAAAGACGUUUGUCACUUGCUAUUUUAUCACACUGUGGAAGGGUACUUCUCGAGAGACUUGAAAAUGAAACUAAGUUGACAGUGAUCGUGAAUAACUGUGGGGUGUGUUAUUUUUUAGGUCGACCUUUCUUAGCUCCCCUCUGUCGUAGUGGGGAGACGUUCAUUUUAUGAGGGAAAAUCCUUAUUGUCACACCCCUGUAAAGUUGACAGUACAACUUCGCCCUCUGACUUGAAGUUUGCAGCUUUUAAUCUUAACGAUCUCCAACCCGGGUGGUGUGGUAGGGCUUAAUGUAACGAGAGUUUCAGCCAAUAUAGCUCAGUCAGGUCAUCAUGAUAGGAAAGCUCCAACCGUACGCCAAAGUAGGGGCUACGCCCAGUUUUAUUGUGAAAUUGAAACCCGGACCUCGGGUCAAAUAAAUAUCACACAACAGAACCACUAGCCGAGUGAUUGGACAUAUUAAUGGAUUAAAGUUAUUAUGUCCAUAAUGGUGUAACUGCGUUGCUUAUUAGAUAAUUAACUACUAGUCAAGAAGACAAGUAGGAAGCAAAAGACAAAUAUUGACCGUCCGCUUGACAUUAAAAACUCAGUGUGGGUUAUGAGUUAAUGGUCUUAUCAUGUGGCAAAUCUCCAACGUAAUUUGUCAAGAUGCUUUUCUUGAAGGUGUAGUACAGUUCCACUGUCACCUAAUGUAUAUUUUUUUGAAUUGUUAUCUCACAAAAUAUGUUAACUUUUUCCAUAUUGGAUAUACACAGAGAGACUUAAUUUCUGGAACAUAUAAUGAUUUGACAAAAUAGUCGAAAUCCAUCACUAACCAAUAAAAUUCAAACAUUUCCAGGAUUUGACAAGUAACGUUGGAGCAAGUCGUCAUUUCAAGUAAAUACUUCAAAUAAGUUCCAUGUUUUUUUAUUGGUGUGAAAAAAAUGCAAGUAGGAAAUGGCUAUUGGGUACAAACUGAAUAUUUUGGAUGAGAAAUUUAGUGUAUGAUUAGCCAGAGAUUAUGUAAUUAGUUGCUGAGGUGGUCUCGUCAUCAAAGUUAGCUAUUCAGUCUAUUUAUUUUAGCCUGAAAAUCCCCAACUUAAAUUCCUACACCAUCAGUAAACGUUGCUAGAUUUUUCAACGGUAAAAAGUCCACGACUAUGUUGUUUUGGUGGUAUGAAAAACGGGACGAGAAAAGCUUAACCUCUGCUCAUUCAGUCUCUUUCCGUGACUGACGGUAAGACCCUUUGAGAAAUGAACAAAAGUUCACCGCAGUUGCAUUAAGAUAUGUUGCCUACUACUGACCUAGAUUGGUUAGCCGCUUGCAGACAGAUUUUCCAGUGAUUGCAUGGACAAAACCCUCUUCUUGUCCAAUUGUUCAACCAACAGGACCAAACAUUGCCACUCCUUUACGACCCUAAUUUUCCUUCUCCACCUCCGACAAAAAUACUUUAAUUUCUUACAAGUCUGUGACCGCACCUUUUGAAGCCAGUAUACCGACUGCGUGUCGUAAUUGACGCACGCAUGCUACUCUAAGUCAGCCAGUCAACCCCCGACUAAAAUUUUUCCACCGCGGGCCAUGUCGUUUAUGAGACGAAUGGACAGAAGUACUCGUUCAUUUAAUUCCAUCCAACCAGUGCAGUUCACUCUAUAAGUAUCCGAGGAUUAGGUGACCUUGUGUGGAUGUAGCUAGAAGUGUAACAAGACAGACAGCGUAGUUACUGACUGGAUCCAAAUCGCCUAAUUGGAGUGUAUUUGCAGUCAUCUCAGGUUCUGUCUCCGCCCUACCUACUUAGAUUUGAACAACCAUGUGGGAUUACUGGCCCUUAAAGUUUAAAAAAAUGGUUUGGAGCUACAUCUGCAGACUACUGCUUAGUGAGUUUAAUAUGACCGUUCAAUAGAAUCAGUGGAAAAUUACUGCUGUUUGUGAGGUAAC